ACCUAGCUUACCGCAAUCUAUGGUGGAUGGUGUUUUAUCGUUUAGAGGUGUAAAGAUGAGAAUAUAAUGAUACGGCUAUACAAUGAAUUUGUUCAGUGUUCGAUUAGAUUACAAUAAGUAAAAGAUGAAAAUGUGCGUGGAAAAAUGUUUUCGAUUCCAAUAGUGAUCUACUUAUGUGCUUGUCAGCCAUAGAAACUGCGGUCAAAAGUAACUAGCUCGUUUCCUUUGUGAUCCCUUAAUCUAUAUUUCAGUGUCAAUUACUUUUAUUAAUGCUCAAAUUUUCCGAUCGCUGUAUCUAUAGUGUACUAUGAUCCUUUAUUAAUGAAUUUGGAUCAUUUUUAUUGAAAAAAAAAAUGUAUUUUUACUUCAUAACCUCCAUCAGGCGGAAGCGACAAUAAUCAUCCAUUUUUUAAAUAUAUCAGUUUAGAUGUGAAGUUACAAUUUAAAGUAUUUGGCUUAGUUUGUUAGGUGUAGUGUUUUCCUUGUGCUUCGAUCGUUACUACAAAUAGAAUGGUGGAAAUAGGAGUGCACCAACAAUCAGCUGACGAGAGUCUGGAGAAUGCUGAAUGGUACUGGGGUGAUAUAACAAGAGAUGAAGCAAAUGAAAUUCUUAGAGAUACCUGUGAUGGCACAUUUCUGGUUCGCAAUGCAUCCAACAAGGAUAGUGGAUAUACAUUAACUGUUAGAAAAGGAGGCACAAACAAAUUAAUAAAGAUCUACAACCAUGAAGGUCGUUAUGGAUUUUGUGAACCUUUUGAAUUCAACUCUGUUGUGGAUUUGGUCAAGUUUUACAAAGAAUAUUCCCUGGCACAUUGCAAUAGCAGUCUGGAUAUUAAACUUAUGUACCCAUUGUCAAGACUACAAGAGAAUGAUGGAGCUGAGAAUAUUAAUGAUGAAACACUUGAAUCAAGGUACAAGGAGAUUCAUAAGGAGUUUGUGCUAAAGACUAAGAAUUAUGAUGAAAGAUCUGAUACAUAUAUGAAAUUAAGAGAAAAAGUUAAAAUGAAAAGGCAAUCUCAUGAUGCUUUUUGUGAAGCUGUCAAAGUCUGUGAAGAACAUUUAAAAUUACAAGAAAAAAUGCAUGCUGAAGCACAACCCCAUGAGAAAAAUGGCCUCAUCGAAAACAACAAGCAGUUAGUAACACAAGUGAACAAUUUGAAACAAGCAAAGUUACAGUUAUUUAAUUUACUAAGAGAAACUGUUGAUUCUAAUCUGUUGCUUGAAAGAGAAAUAACCAAAUUAAAAUCUGAAAUCAUUAAUCUAUACAAAUUAAAGGACCGAUACAAAGUGUGGCUUAAACGAAGAGGUAAAACCGAGGAAUAUAUUCAAGCUUUAGAGAAUAACAACAUUCAUAUUCUUGAAAAACUAUAUGCACACAAUGAAUCAAUAAGUUGGAUGGUGGAAAAUUGUACAAGAGAUAUGGCUGAGAAAAUGCUUGAAGGAAAACCUCAAGGAACUUUUUUAAUAAGACCUAAUUCAACGGGACAACUGGCAUUAUCUAUUUGUUGUAAUAAUAUGGUCUACCAUUGCAUAAUUUUCAAGACUGAAAGAGGAUAUGGAUUUGCAGAACCUUACAAUAUUUAUAAAACUUUGAAUGAACUUGUACAUCAUUAUGCCGUCAACUCAUUAGAAGAGCACAAUGACCAAUUACGAACUGUUCUAAAGUACCCGGUCAAUGCGCACUUAGUGAAAAAACCUGAAAGGAAACAGGUACAAGAAACACCCCAACAAGAAACAACACCAUUGCAAGAAGUGCAACCAAUGGAAACACAGCUCCAGUCGUACAGACGGCAACGAAAGCAACGUAUACAGAUGCCCUAAAAUGUUGUGAUUCAAUUGACCUACCUAGUCUGUGUAUAUUUCAAUGAACAAUCCAGUGAUUAUUUGAAUGUGUAAAAAACCAUGAGUAUUACGUGAAUGGAAUUUGUAUUAUAAUGUGUUUUUGCGUAUGUUUGUUCUUCCUAGUUUGUUGAGAUCGUCUCAGCCUAGUAUUUCACUAAGAUCAAGGGAACGUAGUGAAACUUGUAAUGGGCGUUUUCAAGUAUACACAUCCUUUUGUAUAGUAAAAAGUAGAAUGUGUUUGCAAUACUAAAACAGGUUACAAAUUGUAAGUGCUUUUACGUAAGUAUUCCUGAGUUUCCUGUAGAUUUGUGAUAUGUCAAGUCGUUUUGACUUGCUAAAGAUUAUUUGGGAAAUUCUUUAGGUUUACGUAAUUUUCUAUCUGUGAAAGAGAAUCGAUGUUUGUGAACUACGAGUUUGUAAAUUGUGCGUGGUUUUGUAUAAUUUUGUGAAAUCUUUACGCACUAUAUUGUAUCAUUAAAAUCAGUUGUAGUGUACGGAUACA